UUGUACCAACCAUAUUGUUGGUUUAGUAAAAACAUAUCCCGCCAUGUCCGAUUCAUCACUAAAGCCACCUACCAGCAAUGCACCACUCCGACCGCCACAGGUAACUGCACUCGCCUCCUCUGGCGGACUUCAGCUUCCCCAAACAGCUCAGCAGAAGUUAAAUACCAGCGCCUCCUCCUCCGCUUCUGGAUCCGCCACCGGAAAUCCUCGCAACAAGUGUGCCCUGAAGCCGGGCUACUCGCUUAUGAACUGGAUUCGGUUGUGCAAUUCUGGAGCCGAUCUCUCUGGCACUGGCGGACGUGUUGUACCCGUAACGAAGACUGAACUGGCCCUGCACAACAAGGUCAACGAUGCCUGGAUGGCUAUACGCGGUCGGGUGUUCAAUGUCACCCGGUACAUGGACUUUCAUCCUGGUGGUGUAGACGAGCUAAUGCGUGGUGUUGGUCGCGAUGCCACCAAGCUAUUCGACGAGGUGCACGCCUGGGUCAACUAUCCGCAGCUGCUGGGGAAAUGCUACAUAGGGCCACUAAAGGAGAAUCCUAUGAAAGUCUCCAAGGAUACCGAUAAUUUUUCAUUGCCAUCUCCAAUCACAAAACCCACAGAGAUUGUUCCCCGAUUCGAUUGGAUUCAGAAAAGUAGCGAUCUAACCCUAAUCUUCUACACCAGAAGCUUUGCCAAUCCUGGAUUGUUGCUGCGGAGAAAAGCUACCCAAGAGCUAGUGGUGCGGAUUCUGGUGGAACAAAAAUGGCAUGUUUUUGACUUUCAGCUCACAAACAAGGUGGAGUGGCCUCCUAAAGCUGUGAAAAUUGGCGCGGAAACGGGGAAAAUAGAGAUAGUUUUAGGAAAAGAAGAAUCAGCUCCAUGGACCACAUAUGGCAGUCACACAUCCAGCAAGCUGGACUCCCCAACCAUGGAGGAGGAAUCCUAUGAAUAUGAAGUCACUAACACUAAAGAACUCAAUCAUGAUUCCUUCGAACUGAGCCUUCAAAGUGUUCAGCGGGAAAUGCUAAUGGUCCUUCCAGUGGGAUUCCAUGUAUCUCUGGAGGCACCUUUGGACGGAGAAGUAGUACAAAGAAGCUAUACACCUGUGGAUAGCUCGCUCCUGGCCCUUGAAACAAACCCAUCUCAGGGCUUACACUUUUUAAUCAAACGCUACCUAAAUGGACCCAUGUCUAGUCACUUGCACAAGUUGCAAGUGGGCUCUCGAGUCCAGCUUACUCCCCCUCGAGGGUGUUUCCAGCUCUCCGAGCUCACUGGUCAUCGAAACAUUCUACUCUUGGCAGCUGGCAGUGGUCUAACGCCUAUUUUAAGCCUCAUUCAGCCAAUUCUGAAAAGGAAUACGAAUCGCAUCGAAAGCCUGCAUUUGUUUUAUUUCAACAAAACCAAGGAGGACAUUUGGUUGAGAGAGAAACUUGAGGAUCUUCACUCGCAGGACGAGAGAUUCAGUUGCCAACACUUCCUUUCGCAAGACGAGGAUCAACCUCAACGAAUCACCACCGAGCUCUUGGCUCCCUUGUUCAAGGAGAAGCAGCCCGACCGAUGUACUUAUGUGGCGAUAUGUGGACCAAGUGGCUUUAACACAGCUGCUGAGGAUAUUCUAGCCCAGCUGAAUGUGAAACCCAACCAGAUCCAUGUAUUCCGCGGCUAACAA